AUGAAGGUGCUGAUGGUGGCAGAAAAGCCGAUUCUGGCUGAGGCUAUAGGGAAGAUAUUAUCAGAUGGGAGAUAUCAGCAUAGAAAAGGUCAGAAAAAUGAUUCUGCUAUAACUGAUACUGUUGUAGGGAAGAAUGGGAUUUGUCCAGUCAUUGAGUAUUCUAGUUUGUUUAUGGGAAGACCGGCGGACUUCAAAGUUACCAGUACUUGUGGCCAUGUGAUGGGGAUCGACUUCCCGGCCAAGUAUAACAACUGGAACAGGACUGAUCCAGCCCAAUUAUUCGAUUGUCCGACCGAAAGAAAUGAAGCCAAUCCUAAGAUGAAGAUGGUCAUGGUUGGUUAAGCACUUUCAUUUUGUAUAGUAUACUUCAGCACUUGGCCAAUGAAGCUAAAGGAUGCGAUUGCCUGGUUCUGUGGCUGGAUUGUGAUAAGGAAGGAGAGAAUAUAUGCUUCGAAGUGAUUGAUGCCUGCAAGGACAAGCUCAAGUUCUCGGGAGAUAUAAUGAGUAUUGUUUAUCGGGCCAAGUUUUCGGCCAUUUCGAACGAUGAGAUAAAAACGGCGAUGAGAAAUCUCGGGAAACCAAAUUUAAACGAGUCAUUGUCGGUAGAUGCGAGACAGGAACUCGAUCUGAGGGUUGGAUGUGCCUUUACAAGGUUCCAGACCUGCUACUUCCAAGUAUGGUUCUGACUUUCUUAUACAUACAUAUUGAUUUAGGAUAAGUACGGAGACCUUGAUUCCACUUUGAUCUCCUUCGGUCCCUGCCAGACUCCCACUCUCGCUUUCUGUGUCCAAAGACAUGAUCUUAUUACUCAAUUUAAACCAGAAACCUAUUAUGUUUUAAAGGUAUACUGCGGGACUAAAGUUUGGAACAGGCUAUAUUUUCUUUGCGGCUUGAGAUCGGAGUUUCAUUUCUUUUCUAUAAGAAUCGGAAUAUAUUAAAACCCCAUAAUGGAUGCAUAGCCGUAGAAAUCAGAAAGCUCAUAUGAGCAAAAAACAAAAUUUUUAAAAAUAGGUGGGACAAAAGUUUGGAACAGGGUUAGGAAUGCGAUCAUAAAUUUCGCAGUAUAGUCAAAAACUCCUAGGCUUUGGUAUUUUUAGAUGCUGCGAGGAGUCAGGAUCUCAACGACAUACUGAUUUUCAUCGAUGAACUCAAAAUGAAAAAAAUUCUUAUUGAGCCAACAAUGACGGUCAAACUUGCGAAAAAAAAUUAUUUUUUGGGUUGGGUUACCAAUGUUAUCGAUGUAUUAGCAUUCUAAAAUAUCAAUUAUGGUCGCAUAAUCUCAUACAGAUAGUCACAUCCUCCCAUUGGCACCGUAUACGCAUAGUAUAAAUUAUGAAAAUUUUGAGUUGUGCCUCAAAUCUUGGUUCAAUGAUUUUUAUAUUUUUUAUAAGGCGGCUUGAUGGCUAAUUGGCCUUUUCUUAGGUUUUGUGGGAUGAAAAGGUAUCUUCAAGAAACAAAAACCAACCGCUAUUUGCAACACGAAACGCCACAACUUCGAAAAACCCGGAUAUAUGAGAUGUUAAGAUGACCCAUAUUUUUUACCUUAAUUUUAGGUCGCCAUAUGGCGCCAAACUAAAUGCCUUUAUCCUUACCACACUGAUAUAGUUUUGUUAGCCAACUCUACAAUGUAUCAUACUAGGAAUCCAGGUCGAUAUAAACAUUGAUUUUGGUGACCGAAAAUUUUUUUAAAUGUUUGAAACAUCUGGCGUGGGAUAUUGCAAAUUGCGGUCAGGUUUCGCUUUGUGAAGAUACUUUUUUAUCUCACAGUGAUCAUAAAAGGGCCAAUUAGUCUUCAUGUCGUCAUACAAAAAAUCUAAAAUUCAUUAGACCAAGAUUCGAAGCACAUUCCAAAAUUUUCAUAAAUUAUACUGUGCGGAUAAGGUUCCUAUGCGAAUAUCUGAGUGUCUUUGUACGGUUAUACGACCAUAUCAAAUAUUUUAGAAUGCUUACACACCGAUAACAUAGAGAACCCAACCCAAAAAAUAAUUUUUUUCGCAAGUUUGACCGUCAUUGUUGGCUCAAUAAGAAUUUUUUUCAUUUUGAGUUCAUCGAUGAAAAUCAGUAUGUCGUUGAGAUCCUGACUCCUCGCAGCAUCUAAAAAUACCAAAGCCUAGGAGUUUUUGACUAUACUGCGAAAUUUAUGAUCGCAUUCCUAACCCUGUUCCAAACUUUUGUCCCACCUAUUUUUAAAAAUUUUGUUUUUUGCUCAUAUGAGCUUUCUGAUUUCUACGGCUAUGCAUCCAUUAUGGGGUUUUAAUAUAUUCCGAUUCUUAUAGAAAAGAAAUGAAACUCCGAUCUCAAGCCGCAAAGAAAAUAUAGCCUGUUCCAAACUUUAGUCCCGCAGUAUAUAUUGUUCACUGAUCAAUUUGCUUAACUUUCUUUCAGGCAAUCGCUGAAAAUAACGGAAAACUUUUGGCCUUAGACUGGAACAGAGAACGGUUGUUUGAUCAAGAAGCAGCUCAAAUGUUACUGGCAAGAGUAAAAUCCGCCCAAAAUUUUGUGGUCGAGGAGAUCAGCAAGAAAGAAGGGAGAAAAGAGAAACCGGCCGCGUUGAAUACGGUCGAAUUGCUGAGAGUUUGCUCUUCUAAGCUCGGGAUUUCCCCGGCACAAGCGAUGUCAACGGCUGAGCAUUUAUAUACGAGAGGGUACAUCAGCUAUCCAAGGACGGAGACCAGUGCUUAUCCGAGUAGUUUCAAUUUUUAUUCAACAAUCGAGCAACAAGUUAAUGGCCAAUUUGGCGAUCUGGCCAAACAAGUCUUGGCCGACGGAAUUUCCAAACCAAAAGGUGGAGAUGACAAAGGAGACCAUCCACCGAUCACUCCCAUGAAAGGAAAUGAUGGAGGCAUCAGUGGAGGUCAGUGCGACUUUACAAACAAACAGUAUUUCAGAUGGCGUCAGAGUGUACAAUUAUGUUGUCCAACAUUUCCUUGCAACUGUCAUGAAGCCAUGCAAAUAUACUACCGAAACAUUAAAGUACUGUCGUUAUCUGAGACAAGAUAUUAUUAUUUUAGACUGAAUAUUGCCACUGAACAAUUUACAGUUCAAUCUAAGAAGGUGAUCGACCCCGGCUUCACUCUCGCCAUGUCGUGGCUGGCUGUAUCUGAAGGUGAAAGUCUGGGAAACUUUAGUAAAGGAGAUAAACUUGGAUUAAAGUAAGUUUACCAGUACACGUUAAUCCCGCAACCUUUCAUUUGGGGCAGAUCGGGUAACGCCCCAAUAUUUAUACAUAUAAGGCGCGUGCGUUUUACAUCUCUUCGAACUUCCUCACAGAAAACCCGCAUUUCUUGUCUGUGGGCCCGGUAGACAAGAAAUGCGGGUUUUCUGCGAGGAAGUUCGAAGAUGUAGAACGUUUAAAAGUUUGGUUGUCAUCCUACCCUUUGAUGUCUAUAACAUCCUUUUGACUGGUUUUUCUAAGACUCUAAGACCAUUCUGGUGCCUUGGCUAGCCGAUUCCAGGUCUCCCAAAUCCUCUAAUGAAAAGCCGCAAAUGAAAUCGAAAUCUGCCCCAAGCGAAAGGUAGCCGAAUUUUUGUACAAAAUCCCGAAAAAAAUCCGACAACAAAAAUCUACAAGAAUUUUCCAAAAAAGUUCAAUUUGACAAUCAAAAUGACAUUUAACAUGACGAAACAUAAAAUUUGACGACGUGACUUACGCGCCCAGUUGACAACUUUACAACCCUAGCAUCUAAAGUAAGAUUUAUUUAAGGGAAGUAUCGGUUAUGCAAAAAGAAACCAGUCCCCCCGGAUACCUGACUGAAGCUGAGUUGAUUACUUUGAUGGAGAAGUAUGGAAUCGGAACCGACGCUUCUAUUCCUGUGCACGUCAAUAAUAUUUGUCAACGGAAUUAUGUUACAGUUGGAGCAAAUAGGACUCUGAUUCCGACCAAACUGGGGAUUGCAUUAAUUAGAGGAUAUCAGCAGGUGGAUCCUGAAUUAAUUUUACCCAGCAUGAGGUCUGAUGUGGAAACUCAACUGAAUUACAUUGCCAAAGGACAGGCUGAUUAUGAGACGGUACGUUCUAAUACAGGGUGUCCAGAGAAAUGUGCCGGAAAGUGUUUGUCGAUUUCUUGGCGCUCAGUCAAGAUAUCGAAAAAAAAAUUUCAGGAGAAAGGAGGAUAUGGGCGGUUUUUUCUCCAAAAAGAUUAUUUUCUCCGCCGACGCGGAAAGCGGUGUCUUCGGCGGCGCCUUUUGAUAGCUUUUUUGGUCAUCACACUAAUCUUAAAAGCGUUUUUAUGAAUUUUGAUGGUUGGAAAGAAGAUGUUUGUUUAUUUUUAUGUUUUUCAAGCAUUCGGCGGAGGUAUGGCGGACGCUUGCCAUAUCGGCGUAGGCCAUAACUCGGCUUCGGAAAAAGAUACAGAGCUGGAAAAUGACUCAAAACUUUCCGUAUGCUUUGCUUUGCAUGCGCUGCUCAGUCCGUACUGAAAUCAAAGUCUUUUUUUUCAGUCUGGCGGAGGAAUCGGCGGAGGCCAUAACUCGGCUUCGGAAAAAGAUACAGAGCUGGAAAAUGGCUCAAAACGAUCCGUAUGCACCGCUUGGCUUUCCCUGCCCAUUUCUUAUGUUUUUAAAAAAGUUUGUGGCCAAGGUUUGGCAGAAACUGAGUCAACGGCAAAUGAUUUGGUGCACCAAAAAACAACGAAAAAUUUUUGGACAACAUUCCGCACGGUGCGCUCGUUAUGCGCUUUGAUUUCCGUACGGAAUGAACAGCGACUGCUAAGCGGACCACACGAAUCGUUUUGAGCCAUUUUCCAGCUCUGUAUCUUUUUCCGAAGCCGAGUUAUGGUCUCCGCCGAUAUGGCAAGCGUCCGCGAUACCUCCGCCAAAUGCUUGAAAAACAUAAAAAUAAACAAACAUCUUCUUUCCAACCAUCAAAAUUCAUAAAAACGCUUUUAAGAUUAGUGUGAUGACCAAAAAAGCUAUCGGGCGCCGCCGAAUACACCGCUUUCCGCGUCGGCAGAGAAAAUCAUCUUUUUGGAGAAAAAACCGCCUAUGUAUCCUCCUUUCUCCUGAAAUUUUUUUUUUCGAUAUCUUGACUGAGCGCCAAGAAAUCGACAAACACUUUCCGGCACAUUUCUCUGGACACCCUGUACAAAUAAAGGUAUUCUUUAAAGGUGAAGGGGCAUGUUCUCGCGAUGUUCAGAUUGAAGUUUAUGUAUUUUGUGGAGAAUAUCGGUGAAGUGGAUCAGCUUUUUGAAGGUAAAAACUCAGCUUUUUAUUCGAAAUUACCGUAUAAAGCAACUAAAGUUAUUUUGUGUAUAUUAAUUUUCUUUUUCAGCUAAUUUCACAACCCUGGCCAAUUGUGGGAAGCCUUUGAGUAGAUGCGGGAAGUGUCGUCGAUUUAUGAAACUGGUCGAUUCUCGUCCCCAGAGGCUGUUUUGUCCCAAUUGUAACGACACUUAUGCCCUUCCAACUGGUAAAAACUCCCAGAUUCGGUUGCACAAGGAGAGGAAAUGCCCUCUGGAUGACUUUGAACUACUUUAUUUCCACACUCCUGGCGGAAAGUUGUCCGAUACCUAUGCCUUCUGCCCUUAUUGUUACAAUUAUCCACCUUUUGAGGGGAUGAGAAAAGGAGAUGGAUGCAAUAACUGUUUCCAUCCUUCUUGCCCGCAAUCUGCUAUGUAUGUUUAAAAGUUAUAUAAUGAUUAUGUUUUGUUGCAGUACCCAGGGAGUUUCGCAGUGUCUCACGGACUGUAAUAACAGAACCGGAGUCCUUGUUUUGGACCCGCAAAGUGGACCCAAAUGGAGAUUAAGUUGUAAUAAAUGCCCAGCUGUUGUGGGGGUGUUCGAAGGGGCACAAAAGGUUAAGGUGCUCGAGAGCAAAUGCGACUUCUGUGGAGCUCUUCAGAUGACAGCAGAAUACAGAGUAAGUUGCAGUUUUUUAUUUGAUAUUAUUGAUUAUCACGUUUAGGAGGGAAAGUCUAAACUGCCCGAUGGAUCGCUUAAAUACUCUGGAUGCGCUUUUUGUGACUUUGAAAAGAAGACAUUAAAUGAAGAUUGCGUCAAUCUUAACCAUGCUCAUCUUAACAAGCAGAUCCAAAUUGGUGGCCGAUCAGGAAGAGGACGUGGCCGAGGAAGAGGCGGUCGAGGUCGAGGAAUAACCAAAAGGGGUCGAGUAUAA